UAAAAUUUACAUUUAUUUUUAUGUUAAAAUAUAACAUAAUAUUUAUGUUGCUAUUUAACAUAUGCUUAAUAUGUUAAAUUAACAGAAAAAUUUCUGUGGACCGUUUUGGACAUGCAAUAUCUGUUAAAUUUAAUGCAAAUUUUUUUACUGUGUGGCUGGGAUUUUUCGUAAUAAGUUUAUUAAAAUUAUUGCACAUAAAAAAACUUAAAGAAUAAGACUAAAAAAAUCAACAAAUUUGAUUUGCUUGACUGUUUACUGCUUGUUUACAAUCGUGACUGAUUCGCUUAUUAACUGUUUUUCUAUGUGCCAAUAGCAUUGUAGUUUUUUAAGAUACUUUACUCAUAAUCAAAGUGACGAUCAAUUGAAAAAAAAAUUUAAGGUAUUAUCUUUCUAGCUCUAUGAUUGCGUUUCAAAUCCGACAAUCUGUAUCGGUAUAAUACAGUUAUACAGAGCUGAAAACAUACAGAUUUAAUAAUUGAUAAUGAAAACUUUAUAUUCAGUAUUAAGAUUUGCUUCAACUGAGAAUUGGCAUUGUCUUUUUAUGAUUAUAUUAAUUACAUAUCGGUCUAAUGCUCAACCUAUUAUUCAAUUAAAUUUAAAUUAAUUAGAUUUAAAAGUAAAAAUUAACAUAAUAUUAUAUAAUUAAUUUUUUUUUUAACUCAAAUAAUCUCGAUAUUAACAUAAAAAUUCGGAUUACAAAAUAUUCAAAAAAGAUCAAGAGAGAGUUGAAUCUCAAGACACACUAUAUAAAUUAAUAAAUGCAAAUCACACAUCUCUCUCUUCAAUAUGUCCGAAUAAUUAUUCAAUUAUUUUAAUAAGUCACGAAUAAUAUGCAAAAGAUAUUGGAGGAUUCACAAAUCCAUUUGGAAACUGAGAUGACCAAAUUAUCGAGUACAGAAAAAAAGCUCUGUGACUUAAAAAAAAAGCAGAACUCUGAAGAUAAAGUCGUCAAAUUUCGUUGUGAUUUUCCUUGCACGCAAGUUGAGGUGAUGUUGGCAAGAGGUUGGACUCAGAUAGUCGAUCCCGAGGAUACUAGUUGGCACUUGUGGUGGUGCGAUACGGGAGAUGUACUGCGACAGGCGCUGGACGGUGACCGGAAGAAACUGCGCCCUUACCAGAGGGUGCCACACUUCCGUAACCACUACGAGCUCACGCGGAAGAAUUACCUAUACCGCAAUCUCAAGCGCUAUAGGAAGGCCCUCAUAAGGGCUGGAAAAACAGCCGAGGCUCGCAUCAGUGAUGCCAUGCCUGUGACCUUCGAGCUGCCUAGCGACUACCGGAUGUUCGUCGAGGAAUAUCACAAGCAACAAGGAGCCACGUGGAUCGUUAAACCAGUAGCAAGUUCGCAAGGCAAGGGUAUUUUUCUCUUUAGGAAGCUAAAGGAUCUCGUGGAGUGGAAAAGCAAAGGAGUCAAAUCACAGCAAUCGGGAAUCCCAACUGACAUUUAUGUCGUUCAGAAAUACAUAGACAAUCCGUAUCUUAUUGCAGGUCGAAAAUUCGAUUUACGCAUUUACGUACUGGUGACAUCAUUUCAUCCUUUGAAAGUAUGGCUGGCCAGGGAAGGUUUUGCCCGUUUGUGUGGCCAAUUGUUCGAUCUGGAAAACAUUGACGACAACAGAGUGCACUUGACGAAUACGGCAAUACAGCUGAAAGCAAGUCAGAAUGCCGAGGGUAUCUCUUCGAUAAAAGGCGAGAACGGGGAAUGCAACUGUAAAUGGGCAUUGCACAAGCUCAGGGAUUAUUUGAUAACUUAUUACGAGGCGGAAGUGGUGGAAAAUUUGAUGCAACGCAUCGCGGGCGUGAUAAUGGCGAGCUUACUGGCAGUACAGCCGGCCAUGAUGCAAGAUCGCAACUGUUUCGAGCUCUACGGCUACGAUAUACUGCUCAGCGAUGAUCUGCGACCUUGGCUAUUGGAAAUCAACGCAUCUCCGGCCUUAACCGGCACCGACAACGAGGAUCAACGUCUAAAAUCCGAUUUGGUCGACGACGUCCUCAACGUUCUCGACUUCGAGGGUUGGUUCAGCGGACAAGAGACCAGAAUCGGGGGGCUGGAUCUGCUCUGGGACGACGGACCAGUUUGGACCAGCUGUCCAUACCCCGGAAUUCGCACGGAUGCAGUUUCCAAUGAUUUCAGAAGACUCAACAUCUUUCUCGGAGCAAUUAACGAUCGUCAAAAGCAGCUAUCUUUAUUAAGAAGUCAGCUGAUUGAAAAACGUAAAGCAGGUCAAAAUUACUCUUCUAUGGUGCAGUAUUGUUUAAAAUAAGUGGAAAUAAAUUUUAAUAUGUCAACGUUUGAAUUAUAUUUGAAAAGCCUACUAAUCAACAAUUAUAUAACAAUUUGAAUUCACAUAUUUUUACUAAUCCCAAUUGUUACCGCGAUAUUUUCUACGUAGUUGAUAUAUAUAAAAUUCGCUCGUGAAAUUUUCGACGAGUUAUUAAAUAUUAUUCACAAAACUGUGUCGCUAUGCAGAAAGAAUGCAGCUGGUGCACUCUCGCUUUUACAUCACACAUAUCUCGUCUUCGUCAUUUUUUUUCUUCGUUUCCAGCGUCAAAACUAAAUUUAACCGAAGACUUGCGCGACUUCGUAACCACAUUAACCAGUCUUUUCCACUUGAACUAUCUAAAUGUUGUUUAAAUCAUUUAUUUAAACAUAAACAGUAAAAUGUAUUUUAAUUACGUCCUCGGGUUAUCUUUGCCAUUUUCUUUCUUUUCUCUUUAUCAUGGAUUAUACGAAAUAUUGAUAUAUGAGUAACGAUAAACAAACUUCUUUUUAUUGAAACUUAAUGUUUAUCAUACGCUUCGAGAUCUCUUUAGUGAUUAAGAACUUUUAAUUAAUUUUUAUACAUUACUCAGUGUUACCAAUUUAAGAACUUGACACUUAAAGAAUUUAAAAUGUUUAAUUGUUAAACUCAAAGAAUAACUACAAAAAUCAAUAAAAAUUUAACUGUUAUAAAUUUACACUAAUUAAUUUAUAACAUGAAGAACGCGACAAUUUACGAAAAAACAAAUAACAAGCUUUAUUUUUGUUCCAGUUUCGUAAUCUUCGAUCCUGAAUUCCUUUAGAAAUAACAUGUAUAUCCUGUUCUUAUCUAGAGUAUCGUAAGUGCUUAUGUGAGUUGUACUUAGGGCUGUCAAUCCUUAUUCAUAUAUAUCGAGUGCUCUUUAAAGAACGUUGAGAAGAGUCUUCAAGUGCUAAAUUUCAUUCUUCCUCUUUAUAGCAGCGUAAGUCGUUUGAGAAAGUGGCUAUAAUCUGCAAUAUUUAAGGUAUUCUAAGGAUACGCGAUCAUGGAUAUGAGAAUGUUUAUAAAGAGAUUUUUUAAGUAGCUAAUUUAAAACGCGACAUCAAAAUAGCAGAUGCAAUAUGGCAAUUUCCAAUAAGAAUUUUUAUAAACAAAUUAUUAAAUAUUAACUAUAAAGGGAAUCAUUACACCAAUCGAUUCCUUUAGAAGCAAAAUUUUUUCUAAGUGUUGAUUUUUUGUUAACAUUAUUAAAAGUGUGGUCAUAAGUUGGAACGAGUUUUAAUAAUUCACAAUUUUUAUUUCUAUUUGUGUUUAUAUGAUAUGAUGGGAGAACGAUACGAAAAAGAGUUAAACGAGUUUUUUUCGCAAAAUUGGCGUAAUCAAUUUCUCCGUACAGUCAAUAUUUCAUAAUUUGUUUAAAACAACUUUUAAAUUAUUUUUUGCAAUAUCCCUUUCAUGUCAUAAAUAUAUUUCCAACUGUUACUUUUUUGCUAACUGGUUUAGCCUACUGGAUUAGCCAUAGGCCUUAAUAGAAAUUAAAAGAAUUAAGUUGAAGUUUAUUUGAUCUUGACCUAUUUCAACCGAGAUCAAAACUCUUUUCAAAAUCUCCUUUAAAAUCGAUUUGAAAAAAAAAAAACGAAUCUCAAUAUCUUGCCUAUUUCUUAAAAUAUUUAGAUGUAUGUAUUAAAAUCAGACGCUGUAUUUAAUAAAGGAUUUCUUAUAUAUAUAAUAUCUAUAAUAAACGAAAAAAAGAGCAAGGUGCAGUUUUAAAACAUACAUCUUAAAAUGCAAUGGCACCAUCCUUUAAAAAAAAAAAGUCGUACAGCUAAGGAUAAAUAGUCGUAUAAGCAAAAAUAAAAAAAUUUGACGAAACAUAUUGUUUAAUAUUCAAAUUUUAUGGUCGUGCUACAAACCUUACAGUGCCGAUAAUCUUACUUCUUUUAUCUAUACAGAUAAAAAAGAAUACUCACAGACUCUUUGGAAUUUGAUAAAUUCUCAGAUGAAGACUAUUUUACGAAAGCUAAAAGGAUCAUUUCUCUACAUUUUUUGACUUUCUUUUUCUAUUAAAUCCAAAAAUUAAUUACUCUUUCGACACAUAUAAUUCUAGAAAUAAGUACUUUUAAAUGUUUAUUCCAUAAAAUUCUUGACCUUUCAAUUAUUUUAAACUUGUUUUUCACUCUAUCUUCUUUGGUUUACUUUUCAGAGUAUAUAUCAGCUCGUUGUGCAUCGCUACGAGAACGCAAGUCUUUUUCUCCGAGUCACGGCAUUGUGGACUGUGAAAUGUAAAAAUCAUGUGUAAAAUAACUUCUGAGGGAUUUUCUUUCAUUCGCUGCGCUUCAAUGUACUCGUUUCAACGCCUAUCGAUGAAAAAUCAAUCUCCGGCGCAGGCAGCACGCAGAUAUCGACUUUAAAACAAUCGUGGCGUUUAUUUAUAAAGAUCAAUCCACCAAUGUCGGCAGGCACAUGGAAAACGAUCUCACAUUGUUAAUCAUUCCUUUAUUUAUUUAUUUAUAUAAAGAUUAAUCUCCCACUCUGCGAGCGGAGAAAAUCAAUCUUGCGAGAAUCGCGAUGGCACCUCGCGCGUAUUGAUUCGCGAGUAUCAAUUUUUCGAGCUGGAUAUAUUUUAUUAAAUUA